AAACUCAUCAGGGAGACUUUCAAUCAAAUAUGGAACACCAAACUCAAAGCUGUCUGCAGUCAGAAUUAGAACGAAAUCAAUCGGUAUUUUAUUACAUAUCCCCAGAAGAAACACACUUGACAAUUCACGCGCACGGCGCUCGUCAAAUCGAACGAAGCGAGUCUAGAAGGAAAGUAACAUUUGAAUCUAUUGGAGGACUUCAGAAGCAGGUUGCCUUAGUGCGUGAAAUGAUCGAGCUUCCUGUGAAACAUCCAGAAAUGUUUACAAAUUAUGGUAUUCAACCUCCUCGCGGUGUCCUGCUCCAUGGUCCAUCAGGGACAGGGAAAACCCUUAUUGCACAGGCAGUGGCGGGGGAGUCUGGUGCCCACUUCAUCUGCAUUAAUGGUCCUGAUGUCCUAAGCAGGUAUUACGGAGAGUCAGAGGCCCGUUUGAGGGACAUAUUCCGUGAGGCUCGAGAGAGGGCUCCAAGUAUUGUAUUCAUUGAUGAACUUGACGCUUUGUGUCCCAAGCGGGACAAAGUACAGAAUGAGUUUGAGAAGAGAGUUGUGGCCACGCUACUUACCCUCAUGGAUGGCGCAAAUACCCGUUUCUCGUCCGGUCACGUGAUUGUUUUAGCAGCCACCAAUCGCCCAGACGCCUUGGACCCAGCCCUCCGCAGACCGGGGAGGCUGGAUCGAGAGAUUGAGAUCGGAAUACCCAACGCUAGCGACCGUGAGGACAUUCUGAGAACACUUCUCAGAAGUGUGCCGCAUAAUUUUACCGAUGAAAAUUUCACCAGUUUUGCCGAAAUGGCUCAUGGGUAUGUAGGAGCAGAUCUUGCUGCAGUUUGCAAAGAGGCGGGGCUAAUGUCAUUCAAACGCUGUCUAGCGGAACAUGAAUUGCCCUCGUCCCUUGAUGAUAGGGCCCGGGAGGAAACACUGAAAGAGCGCCUUUUGGUCACUAAAGAAGACGUCGUGGCGGCUUUCAUACAGGUUCGACCCAGCGCUAUGCGCGAGGUGGCCAUUGACGUGCCUAAGGUUCGUUGGGAUGACAUUGGAGGGAAUGCUGUCAUUAAACAGAAGCUCAAACAGGCGGUGGAAUGGCCGCUGAAACAUCCCGAGGCAUUUCAGCGACUGGGUAUUCGUCCUCCUCAGGGAAUUCUGAUGUACGGUCCUCCGGGCUGCAGCAAGACUCUUGUAGCGAGGGCGCUGGCCACGGAGAGUGGGCUCAACUUCUUAGCGGUGAAAGGUCCUGAGCUAUUUAGUAAGUGGGUUGGAGAGUCAGAAAGAGCAGUAAGGCAGGUUUUUCAAAAAGCCCGAGCCGUCGCGCCAUCCAUCGUGUUCUUCGACGAAAUAGACGCCCUCGCGGCGCGUCGUGGCAGCGGCGAGGAUGACGGUGCGUCAAGCGUGUCCGACCGCGUUCUAACGCAGCUUCUGACCGAGCUGGAUGGCGUGGAAACGCUGAAAGACGUCGUCAUGGUAGCGGCAACGAACCGUCCUGAUAUGAUCGACAAAGCGUUGCUCCGCCCUGGAAGAAUAGAUCGAAUCAUUUAUGUUCCUCUUCCUGACAAAGACGCGAGAGAAGAGAUCUUUAGAAUCCAUCUCUCUAAGACUCCCCUCGGUGCUGAUGUAGUAAUAGAAGACCUCGCUCAGAAGACUGAGAUGUUUUCCGGGGCUGAAAUAUCAGCCUUGUGUCGCGAAGCGGCCAUAAUGGCACUGCAAGAGAACAUCGAGUCAAGUGAAGUGUGCAGGCGACACUUCGAUAAGGCUUUUAUGGCGGUUAAACCAAGAACUUCCAAGGAGUUGAUUGAGCUGUACAGGAAAUAUCAGAGUGAAAGUGGUGUGCAUUCCAUUUGAUAGGCGAUUAGUAAAGUGAAAACUAAAUAAAGGAUAAAUACACUU